AAAGGCUGUUUGACUUCACAACACUUUCACAGGCUACACAAAGAAAGACAGAACUGGGACGAAUACAUCUGUAUUGACAUCUCAGCACUAGGUAAAAAAAGUUCCUCUAAAAGGCACCAUGUCGAUGGGAAUGGAGAUGGGGGGCAUAGCCCUGGGUAUUAUCGGUUGGAUCAUUAGUAUUAUCACUUGCGCUCUUCCAAUGUGGCGUGUCUCAGCCUUUGUUGGCGCAAACAUCAUCACGGCACAAGUCAUCUGGGAGGGUUUAUGGAUGAAUUGUGUAGUACAGAGCACCGGACAGAUGCAGUGCAAGGUCUAUGACUCCAUGCUGGCUCUAUCGCAAGACCUUCAGGCUUCCAGAGCCAUGUCGGUCAUUGCCGUCAUCUUGGCCAUCCUGGGCGUGUUGAUCUCAAUCAUGGGCGCCAAAUGCACCAACUGCAUCGAGGAUGAAGCCUCCAAGGCUAAAGUGAUGAUCGUCUCUGGUGUGAUGUUCAUUGUUGCCGGCAUCCUGGAGCUCGUUCCGGUUGCCUGGGUGGCAAACCAAACCAUUCGCGACUUCUACAACCCCAUGCUGAAUGCCGCUCAGCAAAGAGAGCUUGGGGCAUCCAUCUACAUAGGGUUUGCCGCUGCUGCUCUGUUAAUAAUUGGAGGAGCAUUGCUGUGCUGCACCUGUCCUCCAAAGGAGAAGCGCAUGCCACCAAGAAUGGGCUACUCUGCUCCACGCUCCACCAAUGGUGGAUAUGACAAGAAGGACUAUGUUUAAAAAUUGUUUUCUUGUAGAAACAUUUAAACAAAGAAGAAUUAGAAGGAUAUGAAGAUCUCACAGAAAGGGUGGAGAUACUUCUAAAAGGACUCCGCAAUGAAGGGUCAUAUGAUGCUGUCAAUAUUUGCUUUUCAUCUGUUUAUGAGUGGCAGGUGUGCGUGCGUGUGUGUGUGUGUGUGUUA